UGUAGAAGAAGAUAAGUCGACUUAAUUCAAGUGGGAAUUAAGUAGCAGCAGGCAGCAAUGUCGACGGAGAAGCUGAUAGAAAACGCGCCGGCGUCGGCAAUGUCAUCGACGCAUUCGCUCCGAUACUACACCGAACCAGCGACUAUCUUCGAGGAAUUGCCGAAGGCGACUAUUAUUGGCGUGUCAAGACCAGAUGCUAGUGAUAUAAGCCCUUUGCUUUUGUCAUACACCAUUGAAGUCCAGUACAAGCAGCAGUUCAAGUGGUGCUUAUUGAAGAAGGCCUCACAAGUUAUUUAUUUACACUUUGCAUUGAGGAAACGUGCAAUAAUUGAGGAACUCCACGAGAAACAAGAGCAGGUUAAAGAAUGGCUUCACCACAUUGGUAUAGGAGAACAAACAGCUGUCACACAUGACGAUGAUGAAGAUGAUGGAGCUGUGCCAAUUUACAAUGAAGAUAGUAUUAGAAAUAGGUGUGUUCCAUCCCGGGCUGCUUUAUCAAUCAUUCGUCCAUCAUUGGGCAAGCAGCAAACCAUCACAAGAAAAGCAAAAAUUGCUAUGCAAGAGUAUCUGAAUCAUUUUUUGGGGAAUUUGGACAUUGUAAAUUCUCGAGAGGUGUGCAAAUUUUUGGAGGUCUCCAAGUUAUCAUUCUUACCAGAAUAUGGCCCAAAGCUCAAAGAAAAUUAUGUAAUGGUUAAGCAUUUGUCGACAGUUCCCAUAGAGGAGGAGAAUGUGGGAUGCUGCAUAUGUUAUUGGUCUGGCUGUUGCAAGAGUAAGUGGCAAAAGGUUUGGGCUAUUCUAAAACCCGGUUACCUGGCCUUACUAAACAAUCCUUUUGAUGCAAAACUACUGGACAUAAUUGUUUUCGAUGUGCUUCCAACUUCUAAUGGGAAGGGAGAGAAUGCGGUAUACUUAGCAAAGGAAAUAAGAGAAAGAAAUCCUUUGCAAUAUGCAUUUAAGGUUUGUUGUGGGAACCGUAGCAUAAGGAUUAGAACCACGAGCCAUGCCAAAGUCGAUGAUUGGAUAUGUGCAAUUAAUGAUGCUGUUCUUAAACCUCCAGAAGGUUGGUGUAACCCUCACCGCUUUGGUUCUUUUGCUCCAUUGAGGGGGACAACUGAUGAUGCCACUCAAGCUCAGUGGUUUGUAGAUGGGAAAGCAGCAUUUGAGGCAAUUGCUUCUUCAAUAGAGAGUGCAAAAUCUGAGAUCUAUAUAACCGGAUGGUGGCUUUGCCCAGAGCUGUACUUGAGACGUCCAUUUCACAGCCAUAGCUCCUCUAGACUUGAUGCAUUACUUGAGACUAAAGCUAAAGAAGGGGUCCAGAUUUAUGUUCUUCUCUACAAGGAGGUUUCUAUUGCUUUAAAGAUUAACAGUUUAUACAGCAAAAGAAGGCUUCUGAAAAUUCACAAAAAUGUUAAAGUCCUGCGAUAUCCAAACCAUUUCUCCGCAGGGAUCUACUUGUGGUCGCACCAUGAAAAGCUUGUCAUUGUGGACAACAAGAUUUGUUACAUUGGAGGUUUAGAUUUAUGUUUUGGCCGGUAUGACACAAGAGAACACAAGUUGGCUGAUCAGCCUCCUUUUAUUUGGCCUGGGAAGGACUACUAUAACCCAAGAGAGUCCGAGCCAAAUUCUUGGGAAGAUGCCAUGAAAGAUGAACUAGAGCGGGAGAAAUAUCCCCGAAUGCCAUGGCAUGAUGUCCACUGUGCUCUUUGGGGACCACCUUGCCGAGAUGUUGCCAGACACUUCGUUCAACGCUGGAAUCAUGCUAAGAGAAGCAUAGCUCCAAAUGAACAGACUAUACCACUGCUUAUGCCACAGCAUCAUAUGGUUCUUCCACACUACAUGGGCAGAAGCAGAGAAAUUGAGAUCGAAAGUAAGACAGCUGAGCUGAACUCAAAAGAUCUGAAUGGACAAGAUCCAUUUCCGUCUGGGUCACCACCGGAAGAUAUCCCGUUACUUUUACCCCAGGAAGCUGAUUGUGAUGAGGUUUCCUGUGCUGACGAGAAGUUGACUGAUGAUCUUCAUCACCUAGAUCUCCAAAGCCAAAUGAAAACUCAUCAACUAGAUAAUUGGUGGGAGACACAAGAGCGAGUAGCAGAAGUGGUUUCAACUGAUAAAAUAGAAGAUGUUGGUCCUCGAACCCGUUGUCACUGUCAGGUCAUUAGAAGUGUCAGCCAGUGGUCUGCUGGAACAACUCAAACUGAAGACAGCAUUCACAAAGCUUAUUGUUCUCUUAUUGAGGAAGCAGAACAUUUUGUGUUCAUUGAGAAUCAAUUUUUCAUCUCGGGUCUUGCUGGAGAUGAAAUUAUACACAAUCGUGUAGCUGAUGCUAUAUACAGACGUAUAAGGCGAGCACACAAAGAAAAUAAGUGUUUCAGGGUUAUAAUAGUCAUCCCACUAUUACCUGGUUUUCAGGGAGGCCUGGAUGACAUUGGGGCAGCAACUGUGAGAGCCUUAAUGCACUGGCAAUAUCGGACUAUUAGCAAGGGCAACACUUCAAUACUGCACAAUCUUAAUGCUCUAUUGGGUCCAAAAACUUGUGAUUACAUAUCUUUUUAUGGUCUCAGGACGUAUGGCCAGCUUUCUGAUGUUGGCCCUAUGUUCACGAGUCAGGUCUAUGUACACAGUAAAGUGAUGAUAGUGGAUGACCGUAUAGCCAUGGUUGGAUCAUCUAAUAUAAAUGACAGAAGUUUGCUUGGAUCUCGCGACUCUGAGAUUUGUGUAGUCAUUGAAGAUAAAGAUUUCAUUGAUUCAACCAUGGACGGAAAACCUUGGAAGGCUGGAAAGUUUGCUUUUAGCCUUCGGGUUUCUUUGUGGGCAGAGCACCUUGGUUUACGUGCUGAAGAGACUUGUCAAAUCAAAGAUCCCGUGGCUGACUCUACUUACAAAGAUAUAUGGAUGGCAACUGCAGAGUCAAAUGCCACGAUUUACCAAGAUGUAUUCUCUUGCAUCCCAAAUGAUCUUAUUCACUCAAGGUCUGAACUUCGACAAUGUAUGAACCAUUGGAAAGAUAAGCUUGGGCACACAACUAUUGAUCUAGGUGUUGCUCCUGAUAAACUUGAAUCUCACGUUGAUGGGGAAGUGAAUACGAAAGAGAAGUUAAAGUCAGUCAAAGGACAUCUUGUUACUUUUCCCUUGGAGUUCAUGCGCGAGGAAGAUUUGAGACCGGUGUUUAUGGAGACCGAGUUUUAUACUUCUCCUCAAGUGUUCCAUUAAGCUACAAAUUAAGUUGUGAUAUGUAGGCUCUGUGUUUGAGAAC